GUGAAGGAGGCACUGACUGAAGGUACCGGACUCAGAGAUAAAAAGAAAAAUAACAAUUCAAAAACAACAAAGGGACACACGGACGGGAAGACAAAGAAAUAUUUACAUGAAGGAAGGGUCUGUGUGGAGAGGAAGGUAUGAUGCUGGUCAUAUUUUGAUCCUUACCUUUAACAGCAGAUGUCAAAGCAGAUGGUCACAUUGUGAGAGUUUGAAGGACCAUCGCUCUUCUGUGCUGGGAAACAAGGACAGGUUGAACAAUGGAUACUAGGAUGCCCUAGCAAGGCAACGUUACUGGCUUGAGCAGUACCAUCACAGUGGGCAGUUUGCAGGCAGCACUGCUGAAGGGAGGUAAUAAAUGGCCAGAGCAGCAGUUAAAGACGCACUGUAAGUACAAGCAGGAAACAAAGGGUCAGGACAGGAGGGCACAGCACCGACAGGUAGAAGCAAAGAGAUCGCAUUAUGGGCAGCAUGCUAAGAAAUCUUAAAUAAUAUCAAUAUAUAUAUAGACACUCAAGCACACUUAUAUAUGUAUGUACUAUAUAUAGACACGCACACACGUAUAGACGCAAACAGCUAAAACAUAAACAAAUAGAAUUAUAAAUCUGCAACUGAAAUGAAUCGGGACUGACAGUCAAAUACGGAAAAAAGACAGGUGCAUGGGAGAAAUAAAAGUUCGUUUAAAGUCUCCACUUAAAGAAAGUAAGUCGGAUGGUCAGCUUGUACUUAAAAUAAAUUAGACGGCAAUCAGUGAAGAGCUAUUGGUGCCAGCUGCUGUGCUGGAGGUGACCAGACGAGAGGCAGUCAGCACUCGGUUGGGAUAGUCGCGAAGGCAGUGCUGCUGAGAAACUGUACACAAGCCCUCGCUCGUGUUGUCACCCCUCCCUUUCCCCAGUGUGUACGACUACAAGGGAACAAGACACCGGAGCCAGCCAUCAGCUUCCCGGGGCUCUAAUGCAGAGCAAUGCGAGCAGCAGGCAUCACCAACCGGCGUUGCAGCAUCAGCCGGGCAGUGCAAAAAUGAGUGCCGUGUCAGCUGACUUGGACCUACCACACAAGCCUACAUGCUGCAGCAUGCCCCUUAUCACUGAAGACAUGCAGUCACUAGCGAUUCGUACACUCUCUGGGUCUGAUAUCCACAAGCACUAUGAAGUGAUCCGGGAGUUGGGCAAGGGUACUUAUGGAAAGGUAGACCUUGUAUCACAUAAAACAUCAGGAACCAAGAUGGCACUGAAAUUUGUGACGAAGAGUAAGACGAAGCUGAAGAACUUCCUGCGAGAAUACAGUAUCACAAGUAGCCUUUCAUCGAGUCCCUUCAUCAUCAAGGUUUUUGAGGUGGUCUUUGAGACAGAAGACUGUUAUGUUUUUGCACAAGAGUAUGCUCCUGCGGGGGACCUGUUUGAUAUCAUUCCUCCUCAGGUGGGCUUACCUGAAGAUACUGUAAAGCGCUGCAUUCAGCAGCUAGGACUGGCCUUGGACUAUAUGCACAGUAAAAGUCUGGUACACCGUGACAUCAAGCCAGAAAAUAUUCUGCUGUUUGACAGGGAGUGCCGGCGGGUCAAGCUCUCAGAUUUUGGCAUGACUCGGAAGAUCGGAUGCAGAGUUAAACGUGUGAGUGGUACCAUUCCUUAUACAGCACCAGAGGUCUGCCAAACAAGCCGGACAGAGGGUUUCCUGGUGGACAUCAGCAUUGAUGUGUGGGCCUUUGGAGUCUUAAUUUUUUGUGUGUUAACUGGGAACUUCCCCUGGGAGGCAGCUGUGCCUUCUGACAACUUCUUUGAUGAGUUCAGUAAAUGGCAAAAAGGACGUCUGAAUGGUUUACCAUCUCAAUGGCGACGUUUUACAGACAAUGCCCUUCGGAUGUUUCAGCGAUUGCUCACCAUUGAUCCAGAAAAACGGUGUUCAGUGAAGGACGUAUUUUACUUUCUUAAGUAUGACUUGAUGUCUGAAGCCCGUAGGAGACCCUCAUAUCGCUCCAGAAAGCAUGUUGGGGAGAAAUCAUCAAGCUCCACACAUAAACAUGAGGUGCCCACACCUUGUGCACCAACUCCACUGAAACGGACCAUACUGACUGAUGCAACUGGCCCAAGGAUAGCUACUGAGAUAGGACAAACCUCCCCUUCUGGAAACAAGACAGAUGGGCGUCAGGAGAAGAAAGCACAGAUGGUCCUUGCAACUGCAAUAGAGAUCUGUGUGUAGAUGCCCAUUAAAGACCAAAAAAAAAAAGUCUACAGUGCAGUUUUAUUAAUAUUUAUGAGAACAUUUGGAAAACCUCACACCCUGUGGGUUCGCUUAAAAGCUCGUUUAAUGCUUUUGUAGAAAAAAAGAGUGAUUUUUUUUUUCUGUUUAAAAAUCUUUGGAACAGGGUUAAUAUUCUCUGUUUUUCUAUACAUUUGUGUUAUUAUUUUUAUUUUCUUUAACUGGAUCCCAUAAAUUAGGAUGACUUUGGCAAUUUCAUUCACUUAAUGUUUCUCAUAUCUGUCAUAGUUAUUGUUGUCACAGAAUUAUUGCAUGACACAUUUUGUUUGCUUACUCUUCCAUAACUGGAUCAUCACUUCACACCGUGCUCUUUCUUCCAUUCUUCCCUCUUCCAAUACAAUGAUCUAGUUCCCUGAAUUAUUGUAUUCCAUUGACCUUUUCUGGAUAGUAUCUUAAGAAUUUCAAGAUUAUACCACUCUUUCUGUGAACAAAUAAGUUUACUCCAGCUUCAUGUUCGUUGUCAUAAUUUACCCAUUUUAUAAGCACAGGUUCUGAUUAUAGCCCAGCACACACACACACACACACACACACACACACAC